AGAAGGACCGAGAUUAUGCAAUAUUAUGCACACUGAAAUAUUUCAAUGCAUCAAAAUUCAUAUAAAACUGAGACCACCCAUUGGCGAUGUCAAGAGUGAGGAUAUCCCACACUGGCCAUUGAAAAUUUAGCCGGACAAAACUGGCCAAGUUUCAAGUGCUGAUGAGAAACAUACGGCGGGUAACAAUGAGUGUUCAGUGCUAGUUAAGCAUCCAGCAGAGCUGCGUAGCGUUCCUACCCCUUAUUCCCAGUCUGCUCCUUGAACCAACAGCAUCUUUUCCAUCCUCAUUCAUUCAAGGAUCUGCUUUGACGAGUGUUAUCUCCACCUUUCGGCUUUUGUGCAUGCUGCAUUUAAGGACCAAAUCUUCCUUGAAGAAGGAUUACACAGAUUCAACAGGGCUAAACCAUUUAUGACUGAAGCUGCACAAUGAAGGUGCUUUUACUGCUCUCUCUGCUGACGUUAUGUUACACGAAACCAUACACGCCUAUCAAUGUCCUGGAUUUCAUCAAGCAUCAUGACAUCAUGCAACAAGAUGCGGGUGACUAUGAUGAUGACGACGAUGAUGAUGAUGACGACGAUGACCAUUACGACAAUUACGAUGAUAACAUUGUUUCGGACUGUCCUGAAGGGUGUCGGUGCUCAAAGAAAGUUCUGCAGUGUUCAGAUCAGGGUCUGACCAAGGUGCCAAAGGACAUUCCUGCAAACACAUUGCUGCUCGAUCUCCAAAACAAUGACAUCACAGAAAUCAAGGAGGACGAUUUCAAAGGCUUGGAUAAUCUCUAUGCCCUGUUUCUGCUCAAUAACCAGAUAUCAAAAAUUCACCCAAAGGCCUUUCGCAACACGAACAAACUCAAGAUUCUCCACCUGUCGUACAACCUGCUGACACAAACGCCCGAGAACCUUCCGACCGGCAUUCAAUCACUGCGUCUGCACGACAACAAGAUCAGCAGACUCCCAAAAGGAGCAUUUAGAGGAAUGCAAGACCUAAAUGUUUUAGAACUGAGUGCAAAUCCAAUUGCAAACAGCGGGAUUGAACCAGGGGCUUUUGACAACAUGGCGACUCUCUACUUGAGAAUAGCUGAAGCAAGGCUUACAGCUAUCCCUAAAGAUCUGCCAUCUUCCCUCACUGAACUUCACUUGGACUAUAACAAGAUUGCCAAAGUGGAGUCGGAGGAUUUUUUGAGAUUAAAAAGUCUCCAAAGGUUGUGGCUUGACUUCAAUCAAAUCAAGUACGUGGAGAACGGAAGUUUCGCAGCCAAUACCAAAGUCAGAGAAAUCCAUCUGGAUAACAAUAAACUGAAGAAGGUUCCUCCAGGCUUGAACAACCUGAAAUAUCUGCAGGUGGUGUACUUACAUGCCAACAGCAUCACUUCGGUUGGAGUAAAUGACUUUUGCCCUACGAGAACCCGGGCUAAGAAAGCCCUUUACACUAGGAUCAGUUUAUAUGCAAAUCCAGUGAAAUACUGGGAGAUUCAGCCACCCAGUUUUCGGUGCGUUUCCAGCCACAAUUCUGUGCAACUGGGUAACCACAGAAAGUGAGAGAAAGCAUCAACAUCUUGCCACUGGAGGGCAGCA